CAAGAUACCAUGGUUUUUUUUUUAUCGCGUGGUGUACAACAUUCCGGUUCUGCAGCUAGCGGCGCGGGGUAUCUCAAUUAUAUUACGGGUACGCGCGUUUUAUCCAUAUCUUCACGAACACGCAUAAUUGCUUUAUUGCUUGUACUACUAGUACUACGGUUUCGUAGCCAGAAGAGUUAUUUCCUAUAAUUUUCCCGGCCCAAACACAGUCCGUUCAAAGUCAACAUGACGGAGAAAAUAGACAUGAGCCUGGAGGACAUCAUAAAGAUGAACAAGACGAACAAAAGAGGAGGAGGGCGAGGACGUGGCGGACGUGGACGCGGCGCCGGUGGACAAACGCGUGGCGGUGCCGUUGGUGGACGGACCAGAGGCGGCAGUGGGGCUGGAGUUGGUGGAGCAAUCCGACGACAGAACAGGGGUGGUGCCCGCCCUACUCCUUACUCACGGCCGAAACAGGUACCAGACCAGUGGCAGCAUGACAUGUAUGAGGGGGCUGGCUCUGGCAGGUACAGAACCAGUGGCACCAUCAGUGGCCAAAACCAGCAAGGACGGCUUGUUGUCUCCAAUCUAGAUUAUGGAGUCUCUGAUGAUGACAUCAAGGAAUUAUUUGGAGAUUUUGGGGUCUUACUUCAUGGGGCUGUCCACUACGACCAAUCAGGCAGAAGUCAAGGCACAGCUGAUGUGGUCUUUCAGAGGAAAGCAGAUGCCAUCAAAGCCAUGAAGCAGUAUAAUAAUGUACCCUUAGAUGGUAGCCCCAUGAACAUUGAGCUGGUUACGUCACCACUUGAGUAUGAACAACAGAUGAGACCACCAACCCAGAGGACAGGAAACCAGGGAAGGAUACAACGGGGAAGAGUUGGAGGAGGGCGCAACCAGUAUAACAUGAGAGGUGGGCGUAACCAGGGGCGUGGUGGCUUCAGGGGACGCGGUGGCCGAGGGCGUGGCCGAGGCGGCAAUAAAGGACCGACUCCCACUGCGGAGGAGUUAGAUGCGCAGUUAGACGCAUACAAUGCUCAGAUGGAUAGUUAAAGUACACAACAUCAGCAGGAAAACAGGAGUUUCAUUGAGGAGGGACCUUCUUCAACUGGAACUUUGCCACAGUACUGUACUUGUUGUUGGACAUCAGUAAUUUGUCAGAGUGCUUUAUAUGUCUCUAUGAUCAGCUUGUACAGAGGUUUUUUAUGUGUGGAAACUGGUCAAGUUUAUUCUCCUGCUCUGGCAAAUAAUAUUCUAACCAAGGUAUCUCCUCGACUUUUAUUGAAUAUCUCACCAGUAAAUGUGUUAAUAAAUUUGAAGGCUAGAAGUAAGGUUUUUUUAACCAGUAGUUCUGAGUCCGGCACGCUUCAGCAGAUUUAAGUGAGGUCUUCGUAGUGUGAAAUGUCAUAAAGUGGACGUAACUGUUUUCAUUCUUUCAAGAACAGAUAACCCGACGGAAUUGUUUGCUAAAAGGACCCUCUAUGUUUCUAUAUGUUCAGGAUUCGUCUUGAAUUUGCGAAGGGCUAUUUUUACAAAUCCAUUAACUAAAGGUCUGUUUUCUGCAUCGAGUUAGAAGUUUUGGUUUCCACAUUUGAGCAGAUGUGUUCCUCGGUCAUGUCCUUCCACGAGACAAUCCCUUUUUAAUCAAAGUAAACCUUAAAAUACUGUGGCUGUGUUGUAGUAACGUGAUUGUAAACUUUCUUUGUCGAUUCUGGAAUUAAGAAUGUUUCUAUAUUUUUAAUCGCCAUGGUCACUUGUAGUAGUUAUUGAUAGUACUUUACUUCCUUCUUUUUUUCAAUUUUUUUUUCUGAAUUAUUUUUGUGAUACUUAUUUUAAAAAUGUUUUUAGAGGGGACUUUUUCAGUUAAAACAAUUACUCUGAAUUAAAACGAAGUCAGUAUAAUUUCACAAUCUGUAUUUGAUAUUAUUAGUUUGUGUGUGUAAAUAGUUCAUUAUUCUCUCCCUUUUGGAGUUCAAAGACAAAU